AUGACGACGAUCAACAAACUAGGAGACGAUCUCCUCGUCGAGAUCCUCAUUCGCAGCUUCCCAAACCCUAAGCCCGCCUGCCGCUGCAAGCUCGUCUGCAGGCGGUGGCGCUCCUUAAUCUCCGACCCCAUCAUCUUCAACCGCCGUUACGUCUCUCACCACAACAGCAUCAACGACGAAGUCGAACCGCCUCUACUUGUCAGGCCAUCAUCACGGCCGAUGUUCCGCCACAGCUGCCUCGAUUUCCUUCCCGUUCCGGACGAAGUCGGGCCGUAUUUCAGAGUCUUCGAUUCCUUCAAGGACUUGCUCUUGUGCGGGUUUUGGGGGGCAGGGUUCCCCGAAGGCGAAGGAGUGGGGAGAUUUUACUUCGUCUGCAAUCCGUUCACGAAGCAAUGGAUCGCGCUUCCUUUGGCGCCUGAGAGGUCGAGUGGGAUUCUGAUGAGGCUCACUCCAAGGUUAGUUUGUGAACCCGCUCAUUCUAUUCGUCUUGAUCUAGGAGACGGCCGAGGUGCACAAUUCGAUUAUUCUUCGUAUCGUUUUCGGGUAGUGUUUAGGUGUCAAAUGACUGACGGGGAUGAAGGACUAGACGUGUUUUGUUCAGAAUCGGGCGAGUGGAUCGAGGAGACUCUCGUUCUGAAGACCACCGUGUUCAAGAGAGUGGUUUCGUGCAACGGGAAGUUGUUUUUCUAUAAAGAACCCCAGUUCGGGUUCAAAUCUCCUCUGGCGCUCGAUGUGUUUAAUCCUUUCCGCCUUGAUGUGCAUCCUCGUCGUGUUUGUACUUCCAUACCGGGUGGUGCUGCUUCCAUACCGAGACAAGCUGUGUACGAGAUUUCGGUUCUACAAGAUGCUUUGCAUAUGGUUCUCUUAGAAUCGGAGUUUUUCGAUUGUUCGAGGAAUGCUUUGAGUGUUUGGAGACUGGUGGAAGAAGACGACGAUGAAUAUUCCUGGAGGAAAUUGCACGAGGUGUUUUUGAAGAAUACAACGUUAGUACUGCGGGGAUGUAAUUACGAGCUCGAGCGAUUGUUUCGAGUCUACCUGCAUCCACAGAGGCUCGAAAUCGUCUUCUUGAAUUACCUUGAUUCUCGAAACAAAGACGCGGAUGUCUUGUCUAUGGAUCUGGGGACGGGAGAGGUGGAGUUCUUUGGUGCGCAUUAUUGUCCUUAUUGGAAGCCCUUCCAACCUAAGGUCUCCUGUUGGCCUACUCCAAUUCCCAGGUACGAGGAACUGCGAGGUACGUACGAUGGAAGCUACAAUCGUUUGCUCAAGAUCAAGAAAAGCACCGCUGAAAUACCUCCAUGGCUUAACUGGUAA